AUGGCGGAAAUGCAAAACUCCAACCCAACGAUUCUCAACGCCGCAGACCUCCCCACAAGAUCACGGUCCACAGAGAAGAAACCAGGAGACUAUGGCCUGGGCAUCUUCGCUGCAGUUCCAAAGCCAACAGACUUCCUCUCCUCCGAUUCAGAGGGAGACGAAGAUCUGCUGGAAGAGCCAAUCGACGAACAAGAAAUCUACGACCUUAUCAAAUCCAUCUCAGACCCCGAACACCCGCUCUCCCUCGGAGAGUUAGCAGUCGUUUCACUCCCAGAUAUCUUCAUCAAACCCACCCUCCCCAACGUCCCCGACUCGCCACUUCAAACAGUCACCGUCCUGAUCACCCCUACCAUCACCCACUGCAGUCUAGCCACCGUUAUCGGUCUCGGUGUACGAGUGCGACUAGAGCAAUCCCUCCCGCCACGCUUCCGGGUAGACGUGCGGAUCAAAGAGGGAACCCAUAGUACCGGCGACGAGGUCAACAAGCAACUCGGAGAUAAGGAGCGAGUCGCGGCCGCUCUGGAGAAUGGAGCGUUAAUGCAGGUUAUUGCCAAGAUGAUGGAGACGUGCCAGUAG